ACAAUCCCAAAAUAGUCGCUACUCCUUCCUUAAUCCUUAUCCACUUUCGCUCAACCUUCACGGCUUCGGUUCAGAUUUGACAGUUGCGAUGGACGUUCUUUCUCAGAGAAAUUCAUCUACAACUUUGAAUCCAAACGCUCCGUCGUUCGUUCCUUGGGCAUAUCGGACGGUGGAGGACUUCUCCAACCAAUGGUGGGCUCUGAUCCAAUCCUCCCCUUGGUUCCGCGACUACUGGCUCCAAGAGCGCUUCCAGGAUCCCCAAAUUGACGCGCAGUUUCCCGAUUUUGACGAUCUACCCGACGUCGACGCCAUCUUCGACGACUACUACUUAGACGACGACAAGAAUGAGGAAGAAGAAAAAGACUAUUACAGGGACUUGGUUUCAACGGGGACGUUGAAAUGGCAGAAAGCGCGAGCUAUAGCAGAAGUGCCGAGGUAUAGGGAGAAAGCCCCCAAGAUUGUUAAUGUGAAAGUGAGUCCACGCACGAUUCAGCAACCGAGGUAGACUGAAAGACCCAAUUGGGUUCUCCCGACCCGGUAGAUGAGCAUGCAUCUGGAUUCUCUACUCUCUUGUUGUUCCCUUCCCAGUUUGGAUAGUUUUUGUACAUAAUCGACCCUCGCCGUCGCGUCAAUCCUCAACUCUAGUGUGCUUUGCGUUUUGUACAUUUAUUUCUUUGUGCUUUAUUUGGUUUUAUAAUUCUCUGCAAGUUUUAAUGGAAAUUAACAUCCAGACUUA